GGUUAGACGUUGGGACGGUGGUUGCUAUUAUAGAGAGAGAGAGAGGAUAUAUACCCAGCAGGGAGACAAAAAGAGAAGACUAUUACUAGGUAGACAGGAAUUUCAUAGUUAUCGGGGAUAUUUUCUCGAUAGCUCAUCGACCUCGAACGAUCCCUAACCGAGAUGCCGAAUAAUACGGAUGCGCCGCAGCGCAUAUCCUUCCGAACCUGCACUGAAGUCGGCCCUUACUGCCCCGUCGAGGCCACGGUUUUGGGAUACUAUCCCAACCUCGGCGUCAAUGCUUUUCUCGCCGCCGCGUUCGGUCUAUGCAUUGUAGGGCUCGUCGGCACGGGGAUCUGGAAGAGGACUUGGGGAUAUUCCGCCGCGCUCACUGCCGGGUGUAUUCUGGAGUUUGCAGGCUACGUCGCGCGCGUGCUCCUGCACCGCAACCCGUGGAACUCGAGCGCGUUCCAGACGCAGAUCUGCGCCAUCAUCCUGGCGCCGACGCUGAUCUGCAUCUCCAUCUACCUGACACUCAAGCACGCGACGCUGUCCGUCAACCCGGGCCUCUCGCGCCUGCGCCCGCGCCUGUACCCGCUCGUCUUCGUGCCCGCCGACGUCUCCUGCCUCGUCCUCCAGGCCAUCGGCGGCAGCCUCGCCGCCUCCGCCGGCCCCGACCACCCCGCCCUGCUGCUCGCCGGCGACCGCGUCAUCAUCGCCGGCAUCGCCCUGCAGUGCGCCGUCCUCGGCGUUUUCGGCGUCCUGUGCGCGGAUUACUUCCUGCGCGCGAGGAGUUGGGUCGCGAGCAAGGCGCAGGCGCAGGCUGCUGAUGCUGAUGAUACCGCCCUGCAGGCCCUCGCGAUGUGGAACGACAAGAAGUUCCGCGCGUUCUGCUGCGCGGUGGCCGGCGCGUACGCGGGGAUCCUGAUCAGGUGUGUUUAUCGCAUCGCGGAGAUGGCGGGCGGGUGGGGGAACAGGAUCAUGCAGGACGAGCCGUCGUUCGUGGUGCUCGAGGGGUUCGUGCGCACUAAACACAGCUGCAUCGUCAUCCCCGUGAUCCUCCUAACCGCCUUCCCGCCGGGCGUCCUGUUCCCGGCCAUGGCGGAGCGGGAAGCGCAGCGCUUCAGGGGGAAGAAGAACGAAGGCAAGGAACAGGCGGAAAAGGCAAACACGCACGCCGAAGAACCCAUCACGUCGGGCGACGACGACAGGGGACACCAGGGGGAGAAGAGCCUUAGCGUAUAGUCCUUUUUUGGGGGGUAUAUUUCCGCCUCCCUUUUGUUUUACAAGAUAGGUAGGUAUGUAAUAGAUAGAUAAUCUCUUGUGGUUUAUCUCCAAGUUAGGAAUUAGAUCUGGGGGAAGGGGGGGAAGGGGGGGAAGGGGGAGAUAUGCUUUGGACGUUCGCUUUUGGACAUAUAUUUGCCUACCUAGGUUAGGUAGGAAACUGCAUAGAGCAUGUGCCAUGAUAUAGACGUUCUUAUUUAUACUAGAUAUCUCUUCUACAGUUUUGCACACAUAUAUUAGGCACCUGAUUCAAGUACCUACUUCCCCCCUUUUAUUUCAUACCCUAGAUCCACAUUCGUACAUCAUCAUAUUCUCAAACA